UAGAAAUAGAAAAGGAAAAUUGACAACGAAAUUCAUUUAUAAGCCCAAACCCUAAUCCGUAAACAACACUGCUCUCAACAGAAGAAAAAAAACUUGCCCGGUGCAGCGGCGGCCACUUCCUCCUCUUCCUCGUCCAGGUAAGGCAGCUUCACAAGAUGGUGAGAGUCAGCGUUCUGAAUGAUGCUCUCAAGAGCAUGUACAAUGCUGAAAAAAGGGGCAAACGUCAGGUUAUGAUCAGGCCUUCAUCAAAGGUCAUCGUCAAGUUUCUUUUGGUCAUGCAGAAGCAUGGAUACAUAGGUGAGUUCGAGUUUGUUGAUGACCACAGGUCUGGAAAGAUUGUGGUUGAAUUGAACGGAAGGCUAAACAAGUGUGGUGUUAUUAGCCCUCGGUUUGAUGUUGGUGUGAAAGAAAUUGAGCCUUGGACUGCUAGGCUCCUUCCGUCAAGACAGUUUGGUUAUAUUGUGUUGACUACAUCUGCUGGUAUCAUGGAUCAUGAGGAAGCUCGGAGGAAAAAUGUUGGAGGUAAAGUACUGGGCUUCUUCUAUUAAGCUGGCCAUGAUGUCUGUAGCUGUCAUACAGUUGCAUGCCUGGUCUGUUUUUCUUCUCUAUUGGUAAUGAAUUUUAUGUUAAGGUUGCAAUGGCUUAGGUGCAGCUCUUUUUGGCUUCAUGAACUGAGACAUUAUGGAUUGUCGUUAUAAAUUUUGGUGACUGUUUUAUACUUAUGCUUCAAGUUGAAUGUUGAGUUGUUGACGAUUGUUUUGUUUUUGCGAGUUAAUGCCUCAUUUCUAAAA